AUGGAUCCAGUCAUCCAGACGGAGAACCCUAGUAAGGCAUUUGCACCGUCAUCGACCUACCGGAGAGACAGAUGGCCGUCGAGACAGGACGCCGCCGAACGGUUCUCCGCCAGCAAAUUCUAUCAAGCUUGGGAUCCUCGAGCACUCGCUCAGUGGAACAAGUAUGGUCUCCGAGAUUUGCCCACGGAACUCUAUCCAGAUCAGGUGAAUCAGGAAGAUCGACCAGUGACAUUGAAGACCCCAGUCCCCCAAGAGGUCUUCUCUUAUCUGAGACCAAAAUACUACGGAAAUCCGGAAAGAUCUCCCGAUACAGAUCGUUCGGUAUAUGGAGACAUGCACCCACAGGACGUUGAGCAAGAUUAUGAUUUCUACCGACCUGAGCCAGCCGAGAUAUUCCGCCGACUUCCAGAAUUGAAGCCACCUGUCCUUUACAUAUUUGGCAAGGACUCUGUGCUUGCAACACCUGCACUGAGGCAGAAGAAACUCGAGACUACAGGGACUGGAGUUGGAGGAAGUGGUGGAAGGGAAGAAGGCGCUGUCCAGGAAACAGUCCUAGACUGUGGGCAUCUAGUCCCUAUGGAGAGGGUUACGGAAAGUGCAGAAGCCGCCGCUGCAUUUACCGCACUGGAGCUCAACAGAUGGGAGACGGCAACACAAGAAUGGCAAUCACGUUGGCGGUCAAAACCACGACGUGAGAGGGUGCGCAUCGACGAAGAAUGGCGAACCAAAAUCGGCCCAAGGACACCAAAGACAACAGGCAUGGGGAAGGCUACCAAAUGA